GGGAUCAAGCAGUUGGCAGUGAAUGGAUGUAAACGGGGAUCAACAAGUUUGCAACGGAAGGAAGGAGGUGAGCAAGUAAACUAUGGUGUUGAAGUAGGCAAGUCUUUUAAGCGAUUCGAGACGCCCUCCUCUCAAUGAGUUUGAUGCCUGUACUGGAGAUGCUAUGAAAUAGUGGGUACCAUAUUCAAUUUCCAUCUCCCUCACGGCUCCUCUGUUUUCUAAAAGGAAUCGUUUAUACUUUAAUUUAUGGGUUUUUGGUGUUUGGUAAGAGGGUGGUUUUUUGGAUUUUGCUAUGACUAAAAAAACCAGUUCUUGAGGACAGUUUAAUCCUUACAGAUUUGUUUUAGUUUGUUGAUUGGUUCUCUCAACUCAAAGGCUUCAUUUUGUAGGUUUGGACCAAGCUAACUAUGAAGAAAAGAGCGUUGAGGACCGGCAAAUUCAGGUCCAACCAUUAGUUAAGAUUUCCAUAUUCUGUGGUGGGUUAAUCGAUUGUUGUUUGCUUUUAAUUUUUGAAAUUUCCUCUAAAACCAUCACCACUCCUGUUCGGUUUUGAUUAUUUCGUUCCAGUGUCGUUCCAAUUGAGACCCUCAGUCUGUUAUUUCUCUUUGUCAUCUUGAAAGUUGUUCAGUUUUGCUUAUUAGGUUGCUUCUGAUAAGCCAAUUGGCAGUGCGUUUGGUUAGGAUGAAGAAGGUUAGAGAUACAAAUAAGUUGAAGAAGCUUGCUUUAAAGUGUAUCUAUCACAGAGCCUCCCCAAUGGAAGUCAUUCAAUGGCUGAAGCAUAAGAAUGCCAUUUCUUUUAGAUGGUCCAUUGCAAGGUGGCUAAUGGCAGCAAGUAGACAGAAUGACAUGAGAAGAGUGCCUGGUAGCUCUGAGAUUGAGGCUAUGCCAGCAUGGGGAGCAGGGGCAGCACGGACUGCUGUAAUUUCUAAGCUAUACAGCCCCAGAAGUAAAGAUCAACACAUGAAAGACUUGCAAACAAGCCAAAAGAUAGUGGGUUUGUUAGCAAAAAGAUGACUUAUUGGGCGACUGGUGUCCGAGAUUAUGGCCAAUUAUAUCUAUGUAUAUAGCCUACUUCAAAAUAUAAGAUGAUGCAGUAUUGUGUUUGGUUUUUAUCAACCAUGACUCGAUCUGAGCCUCUGGCAACAGUUUGCUGUACUUUCUUGCUUGGUUUUUAUCAACCAUGACUCGAUCUGAGCCUCUGGCAACAGUUUGCUGUACUUUCUUGCGUAGCAGGAAUGUUUUAAGUUUUUGAGAAAACCAUAUUGAUUUUGUCUGAAUAAUGAGUUUCAUCGCUGGAAAGAGCACUUUUCACUAUCCAAAUUUGCUUGCAUACAAAUUACAAAUUG